UUUUUGUUUUUUGAUCAUUUUUCAUUGCUGAUAGGAUACUAAUUGUCAAAUUAUGGGGAAACUCAUUCUGCUUCAAAGUUUAUCUGGCCAUAAAGGCCGUGUUUGGGGCGCUGGUUGGCACCCACAAGGUAACAUUCUAGCCACUUGUGGUGAGGACAAAACAAUUCGGAUAUGGGCUGAGGACGGAAGCGACGGCAAUCGUUGGUUGGCUAAGGCAGUUCUAGCGGAUGGACAUAAUCGUACGAUACGAUCUGUAGCGUGGUCACCUUGUGGACAAUAUUUGGCAUCGGCUAGUUUUGAUGCAACGGUAGCGAUUUGGGAUAAAAAAUCAGGAGAUUUCGAAUGCAACGCAACUUUGGAAGGUCACGAAAACGAAGUUAAAAGUGUAGCCUGGUCAAAGUCUGGUUCAUUAUUAGCGACAUGUAGUAGAGAUAAAUCUGUUUGGGUCUGGGAAGUCGCACAAGAAGACGAGUAUGAAUGUUCCGCCGUGUUAAAUGCACAUAUGCAAGAUGUGAAAAAAGUGGAAUGGCACCCACACGAAGACUUGCUAGCUUCUGCAAGUUAUGAUAAUACGAUCAAAUUAUAUAAAGAAGAUGUUUCCGAUAAUGACUGGAGUUGCUUUAAUACACUUAUUUCACACGACUCCACAGUUUGGAGCAUUACUUUCGAUGCUAGUGGAAAACGGUUGGCUUCUUGUAGUGACGAUCAAACAGUUAAAAUUUGGCAAGAGUACAAACCAGGAAAUGAGUUUGGAGUAAGCUGCCCAGAGAAUUCUCCCGUGUGGAAAUGCGUUUGCACACUUUCCGGUUAUCAUAGUAGAAGUGUAUAUGAUGUCAGCUGGUGUAAACAAAGUGGACUGUUAGCAACGGCUUGUGGUGAUGACAUAAUUCGCAUUUUCAAAGAAGCAGAUUGUUCAAGUCCACACGAGCCAACUUUCGAGAUGGUAGCAUACAUGCAUGCUCAUACACAAGACGUAAAUACUGUCCAAUGGAAUCCAACUACACCUGGAUUAUUGGUCACGACUAGUGAUGAUGGAGAUGUUAAGUUGUGGAAGUUUGAACCGGAUGAAUAACCAUGUUUAAAAUUGUAUUCGAUUUUUAUUACUUUUUACGAAUAAUCGCAACAUGUUAAUUAAAAAAAAAGAAAGAGAUAAUUUUUGGUUAUCCUGCUGAAUCACAA